AUGGGACAAAAACGAAAAGAAAAGCAAACCGUGAACAUGAAACGGCGCGCGUCAGGUGGUAAAGAUUUUGCAGCUUUUACAAAAUCGCGAUGUCUUUCCCGAAGUUCGCUAUUGGGAUUAGGAUCUGAAUACGAAAAAGCUGAAGAAAUAUUGGAGAUGGUUUCCGAGUUGAUGACCAAAAAAAUCCGUCUUACUUUGAGCUUAUGGCCAUGCAAAAUCUACGCAAGAGAAAUCAAUAUCGGUUGA